AUGGCCACCGUCAACAUUCGCCGGGAUGUCACCGACCCCUUCUAUCGUUACAAGAUGGAGAAGCUCCAGUCCAAGAUCGAGGGCAAGGGUAACGGCAUUAAGACCGUUAUCGUUAACCUUGACUCUGUCGCUAAAUCCCUGAGCCGUCCUCCUGCAUACCUGAUCAAGUACUUCGGUUUCGAACUGGGUGCCCAGGCCAACGCCAAGCCCACUGACGAACGCUGGAUCAUCAACGGCGCCCAUGACGCUGCUAAGCUCCAGGACUACCUGGAUGGCUUCAUCUCCAAGUUCGUUCUCUGCAAGAAGUGCAAGAACCCCGAGACCGAUGUCCAAAUCAAGGACGAGAAGAUCACCCUUGACUGCAAGGCCUGUGGUCAGCGUUCUGACGUCGAUCCUCGCCUCAAGCUGAGCACCUUCAUUGUUCGUAACAACCCCAAGGGUGGCAAGAAGGAGAAGAAGGACAAGAAAGCUCGCCGUGAAGCGAAGAAGGAGAGGGCCGCCAACGGCGAGCAGGACGCUAGCCCCGCUGAUAGCAACGGCUCUGAGAACGGUGAAGAAGAGAAUGGUGACGUUGGUAUUGAAGCUGGCAGCGACGACGAGUUGACUCGCCGCAUCAACUCCGAGGCCAAGGAGAUUGAUGUCGAGGAAGUUGAGGACGACAGCUGGGCUGUCGAUAUGUCCGAGGCCGCUAUCAAGGCCCGUGCUCGUGACCUGUCCGAUGACCUGAAGCGCUCUCUUGUGCUCGAGAACGGCGACGACGAGCAGGCCGAUGGCCCCUCCUCUUACGAGCAGCUGGGUAGCUGGAUUGUCGCCGCCGCCGCCGAGGCCGGUGAUGUGACCAAGGUCACUGAUAUCGAUAUUUACAAGAAGGCUCGUGAUUUCGGCAUCGAGACCAAGCACAAGACUCUCGCCGUUCUGGCCCAGAGCAUCUUCGAUGACAAGAUUGUUAAGCAGAUCGAGGAUCGUGCUCCCCUUCUCAAGAAGCUCAUCACUUCCGAGCGUCACGAGAAGUCCUUCCUCGGUGGUACCGAACGUUUCGUCGGCCAGGACCGCCCGGCUCUGCUGACCCAGAUCCCUGCCAUCCUGCUCGGUUACUUCCAAAACGACCUCGUCUCCGAGGAAACCCUCAAGACUUGGGGCGCUAAGACCAGCAAGAAGUACGUCGACAUCUCGACCAGCAAGAAAAUCCACAAGGCUGCCCAGCCUUUCAUUGAGUGGCUCGAGAACGCCGAGAGUGACGAAGAGAGCGAGGAGGAGAGCGAGUAG